UCUCCCUCUCCCCACCAUUUUUGUCAAUUAUUUUCUUUCUUCUUCUAUUUAUUCCAAAUCUUUAUUACAGACACAAACAAAAACUCACGAAUUAGAUUUUCCUUACAGUUAAACUAAUUUCAUUACAAAAACACCAGAGCAGGAAUCGAAGAAAAGGACCAUCUUACCCUUUUCUUCUUCUUCUUCCUCUCUGUUCUUCCCCACCACCACCACCAUUUCUUUUUCUUUUUUCUUUUUUCUGGCCCCGAAGAUUCCUUCUUCCUUUUUUAGGCAUUUAACGAUGGGCACUGAAAUCAUCCGGCCUCAAAACUGUUUAAUUGACCGGAUGAGAGAUUCUCCGGCGACAAUUUUUCACCCUCGGAGGAAUCAUUUUCACCGGAGACCGCCUCUCCGACCUGACCAUAGGAGACGAUUCGGCUCCGAUGAGUUUAAAACGACAGCAAAGGAUGUCGUUCGGAGAAGAGGGGAGUCUUUCGAUUCGAUCUCGAACAUCAAGGCUCGGAGAUCUUCCGGGAAGAAUCCAACGGAAGUCUACGCCGACGAUGUUUACGCCGGGUCUUCGAUUUUCGUUGAUUCUCCGGCGCCGAGCUCGCUGCCUUUGCCUUCUUUCUCGAGGAGGAAUGCGAAAAGCCAUGUCGUUGUUGUUUCCGUGGAUGAUUCGGCGUCUCAGGAUCUCCGGCGACUUCUCCGGCUGGAAUUUUGAAAAAUCAAGAAAAAGCGGGAAACUUGACGGAAUCGUCAGCUAUUUAACGGUUCAUACAUAAUUCUCGGGAUCGUCUCCGUUACUGUUUAUUAAAUCUGUCCUUCCUUUGACUGUUUUGUUUAGAAAGGGGCGGAUGUUAAAGGUCGUAUAAAAAUACGGGGUCAGAUUUAGAAAUUAAUGUUAAAUAUUAUCUGACUUUUUCAGUUCUUCGUGUAAUGUGAGGAGAUUUUUAAAAUUAAAUUCU